AUGGGCGCAGUUAACGAUGAAGAAAUUGCCAAUGCAUGGUGCAUUUUAUCUAAAUUGAAUAUAAAGGGAACGCAAUGUGAAAAGCUGUGUGAUUUCUUUUACUUCUGGUUAGGAGAUAUGUUAUGUGACAAAUUCGUGCGGAAUAUUCAGUUUCAGGAUAUUAUGCAGCAAAUAUACACCGCAUUGAACGGUUCCUCAGACAACUGUAAAUACCAACCUAUGCAUUCUACUGUUUCUUGUAGUGAUUUUAAGAAGGGAAAAGUAGUAUUUGAUUACUACCAUGACUAUAGAACAAUAAUAAGGGAACUGAAAGCUUCUGAAGGGUCUUGCGCGACUCAUUGUACUACCAAAUAUAAGAACUACCUAGACGGAGCUGAUAAUAAGUACAAAAUGGUGAAAGCAGGUAGUUCAGUUAACAGUCAUGAUUACUAUGAUCAAAUUGUAAAGGAAAUCAAGGAUAAUGGUGGUAGUAUCCCACCACCAUCACAACUAACAUGUCGCACUGUGUCCACAGAGAUGCUUGUAUCGGACGAAGGGGACAACGAGGACGGAACAGAUCUGCUGGAGAAUGGUGGUGGUGGUACUGCUGGGAGCACCGCCACCCCAGCCAUUAUUUCAUCUGUGGCAGCCACCAUAGGAUUACCAACAAUGACAUUCCUUCUUUACAAGUACACUUCUGUAUUUUCCUUCAUAAAUAACUUCUUUGGAAACGAUAACAGUAACAUCAGCAGCAGAAGCAGUAACAACAUUAAAAGCAGAAGAAAAAGAACAACCAUUCAUCACGAUUUGAAUUCACCAUUGUCGGACGACGACGACAAUUCUAGCACAUUAUAUACAACAACCGAUGACUCUACCACAAUAGGUGACGACUCGACAGAUGAAUCAUCCUUAUUUGGUGGUAGGCUACCAACAUCCAGAGGAAGAAGUAAUAAUAGGAGUGGCAAGAAUAUUAGUUAUCAACGUAUUUAA